AGCUAUUCCUUUUUCCGACUUACAGAGAUAGAGCUAAGGAACUAAAAGAAAGCUAGAGGGAGGAGAGAUGAGUUUUGAUUCUUGUAAAGAAGAAGUUCAGAUUCCAUAUAUUGAUCUUCCAAAGGAGCUGGUGGAAUCGAAGCAAGGGAAUGAAGAAUGGAAGGAAUUGUGUAGAAAAAUGAGAGAAGCAGGAGAAGAGUACGGUUGCUUUAUGGUGGUAGGGUAUGAUGGGGUCCCUACAGAACUACGUGAAGAGAUGUUCAUGGCCAUGAAGGAUUUGUUUGAUCUUCCUAUUGAGACUAAGAAGAAGAACUCAAAUCCCCAACAAUACCGUGGGUACAUUGGGAAUUCAGAAUUGGUUCCUCUGUAUGAGGGUCUAGGCAUUGAUAACGCACCCUGCCCCGACGCAGCUCAGGCUUUUACACAACUCAUGUGGCCCCAUGGCAAUCCGGCUUUCUGCCGAAUCAUGAACAGCAUGAGCAGAAAGAUGCAUGAGUUGGAACUACUGCUCCGGAGAAUGAUAUUAGAAAGCUACGGAAUGCCAACAUACUUCGAUGCGCUUGCAGAGGUCACCCACCCUAUCUUUCGUAUGAUCAAAUAUAAGUCUCCACCGGCUAGCGACGAAGCGGGGCUUGGCCUGGUAGCCCACACCGAUAAGAGCUUCCUAACAAUUUUGUGCCAAGACCAAGUGAAGGGCUUCGAGUUACUCACCAAACAAGGCCAUUGGCUCCAAUUCUCACCCGUUCAAGGCUCUUUCCUUGUAGUUGUUGGCGAGAUGUUCAAGGUGUGGAGCAAUGGGAGACUUCAUGCAGCGGAGCAUAGAGUGGUGAUGAGGGGAGACAAAGAGAGGUAUACGUUAGCAUUGUUUGGAUCACCAAAGGAUGAGGAAGUGAUUGAGGUGGCCAAUGAGAUGGUGGACGAGGACCACCCUCUUCUCUACCGACCCUUCAAGUACAUGGAAUUCGUCAACUAUUUCAACUCCAACAUCAGCAGAAACGCACUCGAGGUCUAUGCUGGCAUUUGAUCCCAUCUCUCUCUCAUGGAUUAUGAUAAAAAUAAGUAACAUCUAUCUAGUAAAAGUAUCUUUUGUGUGAUCUCUCUCUCUCUCUCUCUCUCUCUAAUGAGUAUAUGAAGCUAAGUUGUCAAAAAAUGCUUUUUAUUUUUUUGCAAAAGUGUUUCAUAUUUGGUG